AUGGCUGCCAAGCAGGCACUGAUGGCAGAAGAGGGGAAAUCGGGUCAGGCCGUAUUCGAGAAGACGGCCGAGAAGGUAAACUUUGAGUUAGAGCCAAAGACUAUCGGUUUAACUAAGGAGCAGCUCGAGAAAUAUCGUAAUGAUCCUUUCUGGAAGCCACUUCGAACUGUGCUGUUCGCUCUGUUCUGGAUCGCUUGGGUUGCGAUGUUCGCCGGUGCCAUACUAAUCGUUGUUCUAUCUCCGAAAUGCGCCGAGAAACAAAAGCCGGAAUGGUGGCAAACGAAGGUCUCCUAUCAGUUACUCACUCCCACCUUCCAUGACACGGAUAACGACGGUGUCGGGGAUUUCAAAGGUGUCACCGAGAAAAUCGAUUUGCUGAAAAAGAUCGGAGUGACCACCAUCUAUCCAAGCCCUGUGAUUGAAAUUCAGAAGGAUGAAUACUUCAAUCCCUACGAUGUGGUCGAUCAUCUUCAAGUUGACAAAAGAUUCGGGACCGAGGAGGAUUUUAAGGAACUCAUCGACGCCGCUCAUAAUAGAGACAUGUACGUGGUGAUGGACCUGCCAGUGACAUCGGUGUCCAUUCAUCAUCCAUGGUUCCGUGAUGGUGAUGCAGAUGUGUUUGUAACGGCAAAAAAAGGGUCUGCAGCGUUCGCACAGGCGAACUAUCAUGAAUUCCACGGCGAUAACGACACAAAGUAUCUUGGCUAUCCGAGCGCGGCGAAUCCAGUGCUGAACUGGUCAAACGCUAAGGUUAAAGAGACAAUUGAAGAAGCUGUCAAGAAAUAUUUACUGCUCGGCUUGGACGGUUUCCACAUCGACCAUGUUAGUCAGCUGGCACUUGAUGCUACCGGAAAACCUAAUCACGACGGCGCAAUUGCAGCACUGAAGGAAUUGACAUCUCUAAUCAAAAACGUCAUUGAGUCUCAAGAAGAUCUUAAAGAGAAGAAAAUCGUACUCUCCUCCUCGCUACGCGAUAUCGAAGAAUUACACUCGAAAGCCAGGGAAACCGGUGAUCUACAUUAUGUGAUCGAUAACACGUUCGCAUCGCUCUCUUCGGAAAAAUGUGCGAAAGGGGUUGCCGCGUGUGCGCACGACGCCCUGUCGGCUGCUUAUUCAAGACAUGAGAGUGACUCCUACACACCAUACUGGCAGUUCUCAAAUGCUGACAGUAGUCGGCUUGCUUCUCGAUUCGACGCCGACACUGCGAACCUCUUCACUUUCAUGCAGUUGACUCUACCGGGUGCGUUGUCGUUGUACUACGGACAAGAGCUUGGCCUGAAAGACGUCGGGAAUCCUCCGAGUGCUCGCGGUAUCAUGCAAUGGACACCAACCGGUAACGAUCACCACGGCUUCCUUUCUUCUGCUGAAGCUAACAUAGGAAAACUGUUCUUUGCCGAAAGCGACGACGACAAAGAAGAGGACAAUUUCGAGAGUCAAUACGCACAAGAGAUGUCGCCCCUCAAAGUGUACCAGAAGCUGGCGAAGAUGAGACAACGUGACGAGGCGUUGAUCCUUGGGAGCACGGUCAGAGAUGAACUGGAAGGAGAUGUGCUCGCAUAUUCGAGAUUUGUGAAAGGAGAGAAUGGAACCGCAGUUGGAACGGCUUUCGUGAUUGCGCUGAACUUCGGCUCUAAUCCUGCACCUGUCGAUUUCACCAAGUUGAACGAGAAAGAACUCCUUCCCAAAAACGUGGAUCUCGCGAAAGCUGAGGUGGGAGCAGUCACGCCAGGAGUGACCGAGUAUCGUGCUCGUCAAAAACUGGAUCUCGCGAAUGAGAAGAUCACACUGCCUGCCAAACAGGGUGUUUUGGUCAGAUUGUAG